GCAGAGGAGGAGAAGCAGAGAAGGUUUAGGAAAGAGCAGAGGAUGAGAGAGAAAAGGAAGAGAAAGGUGAGCGUGCUGUCAGCUCUGAUCGCUCCAUUCAAAUACAUGAGUCCAGGAGCCAACAGCAGCACCAGCGAAGAGGACGAAGAUACACUCAGUACCAGUAGCGCAGAGGUGAAAGAAAACCGCAACAUCGACAACUUGGAGGACCACUCUCUGGGCUCCACCGACUCCCUCUUCUGCUCCGAGUCCUCCAGAAGCAGCUCCAGCUCCGGUCUGAAACGCAAGCGCCCCCUAGAGGAGGACAACAACAUGACGACAAUGUGCCAACUAAGACUCAUCUACAAGAAGCUUUCCUGGUCCGACGCUCCCAAGAACGCUCUGGUCCAGCUAAACGAACUCAAACCCGGGCUCCAGUAUCGUAUGGUGUCCCAGACCGGUCCCGUGCACGCUCCCGUCUUCUCCAUCGCGGUUGAGGUGAAUGGUCUGACUUUCGAAGGGACGGGCCCGACGAAGAAAAAGGCGAAAAUGCGCGCGGCGGAGCUAGCUUUGAAAUCGUUCGUCCAAUUCCCGAACGCUCCGCAGGCUCAUUUGGCGAUGGGGAAUAUCACGAACCCAUCGGCGGACUUCACUUCGGACCAAGCGGACUUCCCAGACACGCUGUUUAAAGAGUUUGAAUCGAACCCGGGCAACGAUCUCCUCUCCAACGAGCUGUUAAGACACGAGAGCUUGCUGAGACAUACCUUAGACUUAAUGGUCCAAGCUCAGCAAAGACUCGGCGGUAUCGUCCCUCAAGAAGACGUUCCGAAAAGUCCCGUAGCAAUACUCAACGACUUACGCCCGGGAUUACGCUACGCCUGCCUGUCCGAACGCGCCGAGGGGAGACGGCUGCGCAGUUUCGUCAUGGCGGUGAGAGUGGACGGGCGCAUUUUCGAAGGUUGCGGUCGGAGUAAGAAGCUGGCGAAGAUCCAAGCGGCACAGUGCGCGCUCCAGACCCUCUUCAACAUCAGGGCGCCCCCCGAUGGCAGGACGGGACUCAAACCCAGCAGGAAGACUUGUCCCCAUUUACCGCAGGAUUUUGCCGACUCUGUUUUCCACCUGGUGAAGGAGAAGUACCGCGCGCUGGUGGGAAGCUGCAGCUCCGCACACACUCGCCACAAGUCUCUGGCCGGAAUCGUCAUGACCCGAGACUUGGACCUGCGGCGCGCCCAGGUGGUGGCGCUGUCGAGCGGCACUAAAUGCAUCAGUGGGGAGUAUCUGAGCGACCAGGGCCAGGUGGUGAAUGACUGCCACGCCGAGGUGACGGUGCGCAGGGCUCUCAUCAGGUUUCUCUACGCACAACUAGAGCUCUUCCUCAGUAAACGCGUGGAGGAGUGGGAGGAGUCCAUCUUCGUGCGACACAAAGAGCGGAGCUUCAGGUUAAAGGAGGGCGUCCACUUUCACCUGUUCAUCAGCACGUCGCCCUGCGGAGACGCCAGGGUCAACUCUCCCUACGAGAUCUCACACGACCUGCACAGCAGCAGACACCUGGUGAGGAAACAGCGCAGUCACCUCAGGACAAAGGUGGAGUCUGGAGAGGGGACGGUCCCAGUGCGGAGCCGAGGACCCGUCCAGACCUGGGACGGGGUUCUACAGGGAGAGCAGCUCAUCACCAUGUCCUGCACCGACAAGAUCACGAGGUGGAACAUUUUGGGUCUGCAGGGGGCGCUGCUGAGUCACUUUGUGGAGCCCGUGUACCUGCACAGUCUGACCGUGGGCAGUCUGCGUCACACAGGACACUUAGGACGAGUGUUGAACCAGAGACAGGAGCGAAUGGGACCUCUGCCCCCAACGUACAGGAGACACCAGCCUCUGCUCAGCGGCCUGAGCAGUGCCGAGUCGCAGCCCCAGGGGAAGGCCUCGUGUGUGGGGGUGAACUGGAGCGAGGGGGACCUGCAGCUGGAGGUGGUGGACACGUGGACCGGGCGGAGGAGAGACUCAGGGACGCCAUCACGGCUCUGCAAACACGCCAUGUUCACGCGCUGGAGCCGACUGCAACGCAAGCUGGGCCUGCAGCUCUGCGGUUCGGCGGACGGUCCGCUCUUGUACAGCGAGGCGAAGUUGGCGGCGCGUCAGUACCAGGCGGUGAAGCAGCAGUGGAUCCGCUCGCUCCAGGACUCUGGUUUAGGCACGUGGGUCCGGAAGCCGCCGGAGCAGGACCACUUCCUCUUAUCCAUCUGA